AUGGCGCCUAAGAAGGCCCCAGCCAAGAAGAAGGCGACCGCCGUCAAGGGCGGCGUCGCCAAGAAGCCCGCCGCCAAGGCCGAGCCCGAGGCAACCGCCGAGAUCCCCAAGGGCGGCACUCGAGCCGCGAAGAUCGAGUCCGCUGUGAAGGCCAAGGGCGCUAAGGUGUCCAUCAACCCCGUGAAGCCCGGCAAGGGCAACUUCGUCGUCAAGACGGAGAAGAAGACCGUGAUUUCCCUCAUCGGGCUCGCCAGGCCCUUCCCCAAGCUCAAGGCGCUGGACAUGGACAAGGUGUGCGAAGACGUCCUCGCUGCGCUUUAA